AUGUGGACAGAGACUGAGUUGUGUGUUAGAGGAGAAGUCUUGGAAGGCAGAAUACAGACAUGAACUCACGCACACUUAUUUCUCUUCCUCUCCCUCUCCCUCCUCUCAUCAUUCCUUCUCCUCCAUAACUUUUCUUCCUCCACUCAAACACUCCCUACGAUUCCAACCAUAAAAUUAUAAAUAAAAAUAAAAAAAUCUCUCUCUCUCUCUCUCUCUCUCUCUCUCUCUUUCUAACCUCUCUGUCACUCCCCACACCAUUUCAUUCCUCCACUCCACACCGCCUUUCUCUCCAUAUAAAUCCCCCUCGCCACACCCACAUAUCCUCUCACCGCACCAACUCUCCCAAACUCCUCCCAAACUCCCAAAUCGUCUCGAGACUUCGAUUCCUCUUCUUCGCUCCGCAGGAAAUAGAGAAAUGAAGAAAGUUUACAGGUCUUGCGAGCUCUGCGACCAGGAAGCCUCUUUCUACUGCCCUUCCGACUCCGCCUUCCUCUGCUCCCGCUGCGACGCCCGCGUCCACCAGGCCAACUUCCUCGUCGCCCGCCACCUCCGCCAGCCUCUCUGCUCCAACUACAAAUCUGUUGCAGGAACCCCUGAUCUCCACUCUCUCUGCUCCUCCUGCUCGCCUGAAAAUUUUCCCGGUGACUGCGACGGCGACGCCAAGUCGUCUUCGUCGUCGGAUUGUUCCGCCUGCAUCUCCAGCACAGAAAUGGGGACCACAAAGACCGGGUAUGAGAAUCGGAAAUCCGAGAGCUCCGUGACGGAUGUUUCCGGUUCGAAUGUUCCGUACAAAUUCUCAGGCAUGAAGAGGAAUAUCGUGCCCAAAUUCUCCGGCGCCAGGAGGAAUAAUAGCGUACGGAGGGUGCGAGCGCGAACUUCGAGGAGCGUGGAUGCGAAAGCGGAGGGCAGUUUCGUAAAUUGGUUUAAGAAGCUUGGGGUGAAUGGUAAUUUGGCGGCUGCGGUGGUUGCGACCGCGUCAAAUGCGUUUGGAUUUUGCCUGGAGCGGUUGGCGAGUGUGCCUCCGAGAGUGUGCCUCGCGGCGUCGUUUUGGUUCGGGUUGAGAUUCUGUGGGGACAGGUCGGUUUUUACGUGUCAGAAUUUGAGACGGGUGGAGGAGCUCUCCGGAGUGCCGGUUAAGCUGAUCUUGGCCGUCGAAGCUAAGCUCGGGAGCGAGCUGAGAGUUAGGUGCGCACGGCGGGACGAUCUGGAGGAAGGCUGGGCGGAGUGUUGAGACUUGAA